ACACACCUUCCUUGGGCAGAUUCUCUCUUUCAGAAAAGGCCUCUGUGGGCAACUUGCAGAUUGUACCUAGACCCACUCAGCAGCCCAGCCUUCGAAGACUCAAGGGGUACUGGAGCUCCCGAGAGACCAGAGUGACUGAAGGAUGGUACUGGUGGCCUUGCUUGGACUCAGCUGGUUCUGUUCACCUCUGGGAGCUCUGGUUCUGGAUUUUAACAACAUCAAGAGCUCCUUGGAUGUGCAAGGCACUGGGAAGGGCUCACAGUGUGCCUCAGACAGAGAUUGCAACAUAGGAAAAUUCUGCUUCGCGCUUCAUGAUGAACGGUCGGUCUGUGCCACGUGCCGCAGAGUUCGCAGGAGGUGCCAGAGGAGCGCUAUGUGCUGCCCAGGGACAGUCUGUGUGAAUGAUGUUUGCACUGCAGUGGAAGACACAAGGCCAGGGGUGGACAGAAACACGGAUGGCCAAGAAGGAACCACCAAAUGGCCAGCAGAGGAAAACAGACCCCAGGGGAAGCCCAGUACGAAGAAAUCACAAAGCAAUCAGGGACAGGAGGGAGAAAGCUGUCUUAGAACCUCCGACUGUGGCCCUGGACUUUGCUGUGCUCGACAUUUUUGGACAAAAAUUUGCAAGCCAGUUCUACGAGAGGGACAAGUCUGCUCCAGGAGGGGGCACAAAGACACUGCCCAAGCCCCAGAAAUCUUCCAGCGCUGUGAUUGUGGGCCUGGAUUGUCCUGUCGAAGUCAGGUGACCAGUAACCGACAACAUUCAAGGCUAAGAGUAUGCCAAAGAAUAUAAGUUGUAAAAACACAGGACUCGUUGUUGUGUUCACACAGAAUCCCUGGCACUAAUUUUAUUAUAUUUUUUAUUUUGUUUUCUGGGACAGGAGUCUCACUGUGUAGCCCUGGCUGGCCUUGCACUCAUAGAGAUUCACCUGUCUCUACCUCCUGGAUGCUUUUUUUGGGAGGGGAAGGGUUCUGAGACAGGGUCUCAAAGUAAGUUAUGUAGCCCAGACUGGCCUCAAACUCAUGAUCCUCUUACCUCAAGUGAGUCUUGGGAUUACAGGCGAGCAUGUUAUACCCAGCACAUAAAUGAAGCCGACUCUUCUAGCAACUGAAACGGACAGCUACCAGGUACUGAGAUGCUAUCCUGUGAUGAGUUACUUUUGGCUUUAUGUCUAUACAAUACUGACAUGACUCUUCAAUAAAACAAUCCGGACACAGUGACUUAAUCUUUUCAACUAAGUCUUUAAAAAACUGAAA